AUAUAUUAAAAUUUAUUAAUGUAUUGAUCCAUAGUCCACCAUAGUCGAUCCAGUAAUCUGGUGACCGAGAAAAUAAUCCGGUUCAGUGUUCGGAUCAGAUUAAAAACAAGAACAAAAGAUGUAUAUAAUGCAAGAUAAUGAAUUGGUCCAUGAUGCAGAUUGUUACUAAUAAAUAAUAAUGAAUAUAUGUUGAAUUACUAGAAUAUUUUAUAUCCAAAAUUUUUUAAAUUAUCUUAAUCAUCCAAAAAAUUAUCAAAAAUUCAGAAAAUUUGACAUUAAUCCAAAACUCGAUUUUUUUACUUUUCUAACCGAAUUAACCAAAAAACCAGAACCGAAUGGGAUCUGAAAUUAUUCUGAUGUAAGCCGGUUCCCAAGUUUGUUACCCAAACCGAACCAAAAAACCGAAAGAAACAAAUCGAAACCCAAUCGAACUUUCUAAAUGUUCGAACGCAUCCUACAGCUAUAGAACCGAACCGAGUACCGAAUGUCCACGGCUAAUUCUGCACGUUGCUCACGGAACUACUCUAAUAAUUUUAUAUAGGCAAAUUAUGAUAUCUGAAAAAAUAGAUAAGAAAAUAAAAGAUAAAUAAAAGGAGCUGGUAGAAAUCUAUUAUAUUCCCCAUGAAUUAGGAGCAAGAGUUCCGAUCAACCCUCCGGUAACCUAUUUCAAGGCACACUUGUAAAAUCUGGAGAGGCUAUGGCUCCCAAAAAGGUUGAAACUGGUGGUAGAGAUUUGAUCAGUAGCUUACCAGAUGAGCUUCUGAGUGAGAUCCUAUCUUUGCUUCCAACUAAAACUGCUGCUUCCACAUCAAUUCUCUCAAAGAGAUGGAAGAAUCUGUUGUCUCUGGUUCACAACCUUGAUUUCGAUGAGUCCACCAUGGUCUUUGAUCCCUCACUACCAAAAGCUGGUCUUCGCUUCAUUGAUUUCGUGAGGAGAACCCUUGUAUUGCUAGGUGAUUCUCCCAUUCACAAAUUAUCUUUGGAAUGGAAAUCUGAGAAAGCUCAGCAUCUUAUCUACCCUCUGAUCUACAAUGCCCUACAACGUGAAGUCUUGGAGCUACAUUUGAUAUCACCAAAACGUCAGUUCGUACCGUCUGAGUUGUUCUUUAGCAAGACACUGGUUAAGCUCACUCUAACACUUGGAUGUUUUGCCCGAGAAACGACAACGUGCAGUGUGCUUUUCCCUGCGCUUAAAUCUCUUUCUCUCUUUUCAGUCAUGUUUGCUGCAUCUUCUGAAAUGUAUGGUGUCCUCCUCGUUUUGGAUCAAACAGGUUUGGGGUUCAUCCAUCAAGAGGAUAACCAUUUUCUACCGUUCUUGUGAUCUAGAUGAUUACUCAUGUUUUAUC